AUGUGUUUAGGAUGGAAAACGGCAGCAGAACUAAACAUCAAUCGGUAUUGGCAUACUGCAACUGUAUUGCAGAAUGGACACGUAUUGAUCACUGGUGGACACAGUGACAAAGGAGUUCUUCGUGAAUGUGAACUAUAUGAUCCAUCAAGAGAUCAAUGGACACUCGUUGGAAACAUGUCUGUCGCAAGGGAAUAUCAUACCGCAUCUUUGUUGGAUAAUGGCUUGGUGCUAGUGACUGGUGGUGGAAACCCUGGCAUGGCUAUUUCAAGUGCUGAACUGUACAAUGGAUCAGCGAAUACGUGGACAAAGGCACAAAGCAUGAUCAAUCACCGAUAUCAACAUACAGCCACUGUGCUGCAGAGUGGAAAAGUGCUCGUUGCAGGUGGCCGGAGCAAUGGAGGAAUAUCUCACGAUACUGCCGAACUAUACGAUCCUCAGACAGGUGUUUGGACAGCUACUCAAAACAUGAUCUGCAGUCGUGAAGAUCAUCAAGCAUCGUUGUUAACAAAUGAAAAAGUACUAAUCACUGGUGGAGUCGGUUUGUGCUUCAUAGGUAUAUCCCAAAAGACGAGUGAGUUGUAUGAUCCGAUAGCAGGUAAGUGGAACAGAGCGAAUGACAUGAGCAUUGAUCGCAUUGAACAUACUGCAACUGUACUCCAAGAUGGAAGAGUGCUGGUAACUGGUGGACACGGUCCAGUCGGAGUGAUGUGGAACUCUGCUGAGUUGUUCAACCCAUCGACGAAUCAAUGGAACACAACACGUAGUAUGAACACCCCACGCUCUGCUCAUUCAGCGACUUUGUUACCAAACGGAAAAGUAUUAGUCGUUGGCGGAUUCUCCAGUGCCUCUUCAGACAGUGCUGAACUGUACGAUCCAUCUACCGGCACUUGGACGGCCACUGGUAAGAUGAAAUAUCGUCGCUCUUAUCAUACAGCAUCUUUGCUGAGUAAUGGAGAAGUCUUGGCUGUUGGCGGAUAUAUCGGUCCUCAGAAUGGAAUUACAGAAAUAUACUCUAGUUAG